CUCGGCCAGCGAUGCACGUGCAUACGCGCCGGGCAGCUCGAUAUCGCCGCAUAGCUCGCGGUUCUCGGCUCGCUCCUUGCACGCAGCGCGGCCACUGAGCUUUGGCGACUCGGAGUCCUCGCGGCUGCAUUGCGCGCACUAUGCGAUUGGCAGCUCGCGGCGGCUGUUGCACGGGUCGAUGCCGAGCGUGGUGGAUGAGCGAAGGUCCGUUCGCAGCGUGCAGUACGUGGACCGCCGGUCAUUGGGCAACACCAUGGCUAUGUAUGGGGUUGCAAGGAAUCUGCAGAAGCGCGAGAUGCGGCAUAUGUCGAUGCCGAUUCCAUGCCAGGGACGCCAGGACCCGCCGGCUAAUCGCACAGCCAAACACAGCGCCACCGCAGCUCUGCGGCCCAGCACAAUGUGGAAGCGCAGGGACAGCCCGCCGUUGUCGCACCUGCAGCGGAUCGAGGCCCGCGUGCGGAUCCUGGUGGCUACCGGAGCUCUGCGUGUGGGCGCGCGCGCCCUGGUGCCGGUGCUGACGCAGCUGGCAAUGGUCGUCUGGUCGACCCUGCAUUCGCUGGGCGCUAGCACACAUGUCUGCUAUGUCGCAUACGCUGUGGCCAUCAUGCUUCUGUCGCUGCAGGGCACAUUGGACAUGGCGCUAUAUUAUAUCUUCGAUACGCAUUCGGACGCCGCCUCGCACGCCAGCCUGCCGUACUACUUUUUCCCGCAGCACUCGAGCAUCCGCCAUCUGCCGGCCACGGCCUCCAGCCAGCAGUUCUGGUGCCGCCGAUCGAGCGACCGCAAGCACGCGACUCCAAUGAGAACAUCGUCUUCGAGCAAUCCACACCGCAGUGCUUACAAGCACCCGUUGCAGUCCGCGCAUCACCGGUCGUUCUCACUGUCGCCUGGAUACGACUCGGCGCUGAGGAAAUUCACCUUCAAUGCCGAUAGCCUGAAUAUGCGGCGCGCGCACAACCGCACGUCAAAUGCCAUGCAGUCCGAUACGCUGCACGGCUCCGAGCACAUGGCUUGGUCGCAUAUCGACACCAGCAGCGCGCUGUCUAUGCGUGCUGUCGAUACCAUCAGCGUGUCGCAGUAUUCGACCCACCAGCAGGCGAGCUUUUUGGCCACGCCCAGAAUGCAAAUGCCCGGAACACGGCCGAUGCCGGUGCUGACUGGCUGGGAGGAGGUUGAUCUGGAGGACGCCGCUAGUUCCCCGACCGACCGCUCGCAGGACUAUGCUACACCGGACGGAACCCCCUGUCCCUCUGCCUCUCCCCCUGACUGAUUCUGCCCCUCGCCAGCAUCUAAAAUAGCCCUCGAUGUAU